AUGAAGGAAUUGGCACGAGGGAUUUGUUGGUGGCCAAAUAUUGAUUCAAAUACUAUAGAAGAGUUGGUUAAGGAUUGUACAAAUUGUAGUUUAACGAGGAAUAAUUCAUCUAAGGUAGAAGUUCAUGUAUGGGAAUCGGCAAAUAAACCUUUUCAAAGAGUUCAUAUUGAUUUUGCUGGUACAUUCAUGGGGAAAUAUUUCUUUCUUUUGGUUGAUGCGUUUUCAAAAUACCCGUUUGUGUAUGUUAUGAACAAUAUCAAGACGGAAUCAACAAUUAAAACAUAUAGGAAGAUCUUUUCAAUGUUGGGAUUACCGAAGAAUGGAAUUAUUUCAAAAUUCACAGCACCUUACCAUCCGUCAACAAACGGACAGGUGGAAAGAUUUGUACAAACGUUAAAGAAAGGUUUAAAAAAUUUAAAUGCAACCAAUGAAAGUCUACAAAUGAAAUUGAAUCAAUUAUUACUACAAUACAGAAUCAUGCCACAUCAACAAACGAAAGAAUCACCUUUAGUAUUGAUGUUCGGAAGACGAAUUAGAACUAAAUUGGAUUUGAUACUACCUGAAGAGAAACCGAAGAUAAGGAGACAUGUAGAUCAAUUAAGAAAAUGUGGCCAGAAUGUUAGAGAACGUGAAGAGUUAAAUUUAGAAAUAGAUUAUUAUAGUAUAGAACAUGAACAACCGGAUAGGACUGUAACGCAGGCUGAAUCCAAACCACAAAAUGAUGCUGUUGAAUCUGAAUCAAAUUAG